AUGCCCGCCGUUUGGGCAACACGCACACUCGGCACACUUGUGCACACUUGCACACACCUGCACACACCUGCACACACACACAAGCACGCGUCUACAGCCACACCGGACACUAUUUGCCGACGGACAGUCAGACCGCGCGAUGCCUGCGCCAGGGCAGGUGCAGAGACGGCGCCGACUAUCGAUCGAGCUAGGCCGGCUUGGUGCAAACAGGAUGAAGACGGGAGUCGCGCCAAUCGGGCUGGGGAGAGACACGCAGACGAACGACAAGAGCCUCCGUUGCCGGCACAGACGAGCGACUCGGAAGCGCACGUCCACACACGAAGACAGGAAGGCGAGAGCCCGGCAGGACCACCUCGACCGACCAGCCGCCAUCUGGCCACGCCGCACGGCGUGACCCCGUCUUUUCGCGCCUGUGCUCCACCGCGCCCAGAGGACCACCGUGUCGGCCAAUCAAAAGGCGGCCAAAGUGAACGCAACUAA